GUGAACAUUAUCAAAAUGUCCGAUGAGUGUUAACUCCACCGCCCCAAGCGACAUCCAUCGUGAAUCCUACUAUGAGUAGGAAGGGAACGACGAGAAUGCGAAUUAUACAUAUAGAGCCAUUUGUCGUCACCUCAAUCAUGUCUUCUAAACUGUCUCAUCAUCAUACAGUUCAGUCAAUCUCAUUCUUAAAAACAACACAACCACGAAACAAUGCAUACCGGUUACCACGCCCGCAUUGGCGACGCCGCCAAAAUCCCUAUUAAUGCCCCUAAACCCAUCAUCUCAUUCAGUCCCGUCGUCCUCGAUGCCCCAGGUCGCCCCGUCCCCCUUGAGCUGCGCGUAACUGUGCCCUCAACCUCAACCGCGGACGCUCUGCCUAUCGUUUUAUUGUCCCACGGCCAUGGGCGUAGCAACUACCUGUCGUCCCUCGAGGGAUACGCCCCUCUGGCCGAAUUCUGGGCUGCCCACGGCUUCGCGGUCCUGCAGCCAACGCAACUGGACUCCGCGUUCCUGGGCCUCACGCCCCCUCCAGGCCAGGACUUGUUCUGGCAGGAGAGAGCGGUCGAUAUGGUCCGGAUCCUAGAUAAUCUCGACGCCAUCGAGACAUCCGUGCCGGGUCUCACGGCAGGUCGCCUUGAUCGCACAAAGGUGGCUAUCGCAGGCCACUCGGCGGGAGGAUGGACCGCAGCUAUGCUCCUCGGUGCCAACAACACCAAUCCCUGUGACGGAUCAACAUGGUACAAACCCGAGCCACGCAUUAAAGUUGGCAUCGUCCUAGCAGGGAUUGGAAAUGGAGGCGCGGAUAUUUCUGAAUCCGGCAAGACGCUCUUCCCCUCCUACGGCGGCAGCUUCGGCAAGAUGACCACGCCCGCACUAGUAGUAUUCGGCGACGAGGAUGUCAGUCCCCAUCUGACUGUUCGAGGGGCAGAUUGGCAUGCCGACCCGUACACGAUGGCUCCGGGGCCUAAAGAUUUGCUUACGCUGCCUGGAGCGAAGCAUGGACUGGGAGGCAUUAGUGGUUGGGAUACGGCGGAGACGUUGGAUGAGGAUCCCGAGCGGUUGGCGGUUGUGCAGAGGAUGACUUGGGCAUACUUGUGGAGUCGGCUGUAUGAGGUAGAUCCGGCUUGGAAGGAGGCCUGUAAGGCUUUGGAAGGGCUUCAGGGGCUGGGCAAGGUUGAGAGCAAGGACUGAGUGACGUUUUUGGAUUCUGUUUUCAUAGCAAUGCUAUCCACUCCUGAAAAUAAAAC